AUGAUGUCGCUCUUCGGUAGCGGCACUUUCGAGUUGCCUCCGUUGCCUUACGGCUACGAAGCGCUCGAACCGCACAUCAGCGCCAAGACGCUCCAGUUCCACCACGACAAGCACCACGCGACAUAUGUGCAGACGCUGAACAAGCUGAUCAAGGGCACCGAGUUCGAGAAAAAGAAACUCGAAGACAUCAUCCGAACCGCGGACGGGAGCAUUUUCAACAAUGCCGGCCAAGUGUGGAACCACACGUUCUACUGGAACUCGAUGAAGCCGAACGGAGGCGGUCAGCCCUCGGGGUUGGUGAAGGACGAGCUCGACAAGGCUUUCUCGUCCUUCUCCAACUUCAAGUCGCAGUUCAACGAAGUGGCCGCGAAGCACUUUGGUUCCGGCUGGGUCUGGCUUGUGUGGUGCAAUCAGAACAAGCGGCUGGAACUGCGCGAAACCCACGAUGCCGGCAAUCCGAUCACGGCCAAUAAGUGGCCUAUCCUCACGUGCGACGUGUGGGAACACGCGUACUACCUCGACACUCAAAACGACCGAAGCUCCUACAUGAAAGGCUGGUGGAACGUGGUGAACUGGGACUUCGCGAACAAGAAUCUCCAGGCAGCCAUGCGCGCCGAGCCUGUCGAGCAGGCAAUGAGUGGAGGAAACUGA